CCAAAAUUCAUAGCAGUAAACAAAAUAACUUAAGCGUGUGAAAUGUUUGGAAUAAACUUUCAAAUUUUUCUAUGUUAUGAUCUGUGGAAUAAUUGAAGCAUUCGAACAUAAGUGAAAACGAUUAAACAUUUGUUUCUUUUCAAUUAAAGCAAAGAGCCCAUUCUCUGCUUUUAAAAUCCAAAGAUUUUUACUGUCUCUUGUGUUGACAGUCAAUGCAGUUUUCAGCACUCAUGGAUUUGGAGUAGACGAAAAUACGAGCAUAGAAUCUUUACAGCAGAGCAAAAGAAAUAUAUAUUUCCUAUUGCUUGGUUUUAAAAGUAAGAUUUUAUUAAAUGGCUGGAUUUACAGGAGAAGCACUUGAAAAAAAGUUGCAGGAGCUGAAUAAUUCUCAACAGAGCAUCCAAACAUUGUCUUUAUGGCUGAUCCAUCAUCGCAAACACCAUAAGACCAUCGUUCAGGUUUGGUUCAAAGAGCUCAAGAAGGCGAAGGCAAGCAGGAAACUGACUUUCAUGUACUUGGCUAACGAUGUCAUUCAAAACAGCAAAAAGAAAGGCCCGGAAUUUUCGAAAGAAUUCAGCACUGUGUUGAGUAAAGCAUUUGCUCACGUCAAUGAAUCUGUAAACGAGCCGAAAACUAAGCAGGGGUUGGAAAGAAUCAUCAAUGUUUGGGCCGAUCGAAAUGUGUACGACCACUCUAUCAUUUCCAGCUUUCGGGCUGCAAUGGGAGCCAAAUCACCUGAGCCAGAGACUGUCAAGGAAAUCCAAAAACCAAAGAGGAAAAAAAUUAAAGUCAUGGAGAUGGAGCCUAUUAUAAAGAAACCUAAAGAAGAGGUGACUAUUAUGUCUCCUCGUAUGGAACCACCAGAUGCUGAAGAUUUAAUUAAGGCUUUGCAAGAUCUUGAGAACUCGCCAUCAACUGACGCUGCUGUGAGAGAAAAGAUCGCUCAGUUGCCACCAGAAGUCUCUGAUGUGAGUCUCCUGGAGAAGAUCAAUAAUCGUGAAGCAUCUGAUAAGUUGACAAAGCUUGUGGAAGAAGCAAGCACUCUGUUGACUGAUUACAAUAAGCGUCUGAAUGAAGAAUUGGAAGACCGAUUGCUGGUGUCUAAGAUGUUGAGCAGUUUCACUCAUGCUCAAAGGCAGGUACUGGCUGAAACUGAGCGAACCGUUGGGGAGUUGCGAGAACAAUUGAAGCGUGUAACUCUAGUACGCACUGAACUGAAGUCUCAUCUGCAAAAUUUGCCAGAUCUCACCCUCCUACCAAGUGUAACAGGUGGUUUGGCUCCUCUGCCCUCGGCUGGAGAUCUCUUUCAGUAAAAAAUUUGUUGACCAAAAAA